AUGGGAAACGAAGUAUCAGCACAAAGGGUUACAUUUGGUUCAUGUCCACCAUGUCGACCAUACACGCAAGUUCAACAAGAAGCCUCACAAAAUACAGGCGCUCCCUCCACCAAAAAACGCAAACGUGAGGAUUCUGAGGAAGAUCACUCAAUAGAGAAUGUCAGGAAACGCAGGAAAUUGCUGGUAAUGGAUGAUGGUAGCCAUAGCAUUCUCACUUCUGAGUCUUUGAUUGUCGUCCUGAAAAUUGCUACGACCCCUUCUCUACUUUCAAGAGAGUCAGAGCUUACGGCUGCUGGUACGAAUCCAAAGUCCAAGAUCAAGGAGAGUCCCGAAAGUACAGUGAGGUUCGGAUCAAAAGCUUCCCCAGAUAUGAAUGAAUCAACAAGCUCUGCUGCCGAGGACUUGGGUCAAGUGUUUGUGGAGUUGAAGUUGCCAAAAAAAACAAAGCAGCUUAUACCCCUCCAUGGAUUCAGAUGUCGUAUUCAACAAGAGAUGAUGGUGACCAAGAGAAUUGUAGUAGCAAGACACAGAUGGAGUAGUUAA